UUGCCUUUCGCUUCAGACCAGUGAGCAUGGUAGAUGUAAACUACACGUCUCCAGUUGCGCGAUUGACUCUUACGAGCUCUCUCUGUCGAGCUCGUCUGAUGCUCCCUUGCAGUUUCAUUACUGGAAGUCGGCUCGCCACUUCUCCGGAAUCAGAAACUCGCAACUGAGCUAACGCUACGCAACUGCGUUUCAUUAAAAACCAAACCAAACCUUUCAGAAGCCUACAUGCGUGGCCUGGCGAUGUAGUCUGCUGUCAGUUACCCCCCGGCUUGCUGCAUGCGUUUGCGAGCUCUCCGCUCUUCGCAGCUGUUUUGAAAAGUGAAAUUAAGAGAAGGGACACCGCGAUUCCUCAUGGAGACCCAGCUCGGCUGCGCGCCGCUGUUGACUCGAAGACUCCGGGAGACCUCGGCACGCCCAGCUGCUGUCUUGCAUUUAAAAAAAAAACAAAAAAAAACGCGUGCUUCCUCCAUUAGGCCUGGUCCUGCUGUUGCACAGACCCUACACACAUCCAAACCACUCACCCAUAAAAGCGGCUGUGCCACCCAGCUGAGAGCCACACGCUGCACUGGUUGUGUGCUGCACACGAUCCAGACACCAUCUGAAGUGCUCCACUCCACUAAGAUGGCACCGUUCAUGAAAAGACUUUGGAAGCAGAAGAAUGCUUUUGUGAUUAUUCUCACUCCACUUCUGCUAUUGCCUCUGCCAUUGCUCAUCCCAACCAAGGAGGCUCACUGUGGCUAUGUGAUCGGUCUCAUGGCAGUGUACUGGUGCAGCGAGGCAAUGCCGCUGGCUGUCACCGCCCUCCUGCCAGCGGUGCUGUUUCCCAUGCUGGGGGUCCUGGAGUCAGGAAAGGUGUGUGUGCAGUACCUGAAGGACACCAACAUGCUGUUUGUGGGCGGGCUGAUGGUGGCCGUGGCUGUGGAGCACUGGAAUCUGCACAAGCGCAUUGCUCUGAGAGUGCUGCUCAUCGUGGGGGUCAAACCACCGCUGCUGAUGCUGGGGUUCAUGGGGACCACCGCCUUCCUCUCCAUGUGGAUCAGCAACACGGCCACCACCGCCAUGAUGGUACCCAUCGUCCAUGCCGUGCUGGAGCAGCUGAACAGCAGCCAGGCCGAGGCCAAGGAGCUGGCACCCGGGUUCGUGGAGAACACCAGCAUCAAGCUGAUGGAUAUCCAGGUGGUAGAGAACGGGGCUGCGGUAACAGAGCCAGGUCUCCGUGACAACGCCGCGGAGCGGAAGAGCAUAUGUAAAGGGAUGACGCUGUGCGUGUGCUACGCGGCCAGCAUCGGGGGCACGGCCACGCUGACGGGCACCGGGCCCAACCUUGUACUGAAGGGCCAGAUGAACCUGCUGUUCCCUCAGAACGGUGACAUCAUUAACUUCGCCUCCUGGUUCGGCUUUGCCUUCCCCAACAUGAUAAUCACGCUGACCCUGGCCUGGCUCUGGUUGCAGUUCGUCUUCAUUGGAUUCAACUUCAAGAAGACGUGGGGCUGUGGUGCGGUGAAGUCGGAGAAUGAGCUUGCCGCCUACAACGUGAUCAAAGAGGAGCACCGAUGCCUGGGACCCAUGUCCUUCGCGGAAAUGAACAUCCUGGCUCUCUUCGCUCUGCUCAUCCUGCUGUGGUUCAGCCGAGACCCCGGCUUCAUGCCUGGCUGGGCCACGUUCCUCUUCAACAAAGACACAGAGUAUGUGACAGACGCCACAGUGUCAGUCUUCAUCGCAAUCCUCCUCUUCAUCGUCCCCUCAAAGAAACCCCAGCUCUGCUUCUGGAGAGACGAGAGCAGUGAGACGGAUCCCCAGAGCUCCAGCCCCUGGGCCCCUCUGCUCAGCUGGGAGGUGGUUCAUAAGAAGAUGCCGUGGAGCAUCGUCCUGCUGCUGGGAGGAGGCUUUGCACUGGCGAAGGGGAGCGAGGUGUCCGGCCUCUCCAGGUGGCUGGGCGGUCAGAUGACCCCUCUCCAUGCCAUCCCUCCCUGGGCGAUCACUAUCAUCCUGUGCCUGCUCAUCGCCACCUUCACAGAAUGCACCAGCAACGUGGCCACUGCCACCCUCUUCCUGCCCGUCCUCGCCUCCAUGUCCCAGUCCAUCGGUAUUAACCCUCUCUAUGUGAUGGUGCCCUGCACGCUCAGCGCCUCCUUCGCCUUUAUGCUGCCCGUGGCCACGCCCCCCAACGCCAUCGUCUUCUCAUACGGGUACCUGCAGGUGUCUGACAUGGCGAAGACUGGCUUCGUGAUGAACAUCAUCGGGAUCCUCUGCAUCACGCUGUCCUUCAACACCUGGGGGCGCUUCAUGUUUGACCUGAACACCUUUCCACAAUGGGCCAACACCACAGGAGUCUGAAGCACCCAUCGAGAAACGACUGGGGACCCGGGAGGAGAGAUCAAGAGGGGAGCCCCCCCCCGGAUAUCUUGUUGUUGGGGGGCUGUUAUUAUACUCUUUCAUGCACCUCAGUUAUUAUUAUGUGUUAGCAGAUGUCUUUAUCCAAGGCGACUUGCAGAGACUAGGGUGUGUGAACUGAGCAUCAGCUGCAGAGUCACUUACAACAACGUCUCACCACUCAGGGUCUCACAGUGAGCUGGGACUUGUACCGGAGACCUCCUGGUUACAAGCCAUUGGACCACACAGCCUCCUAUAGCUGCUUGCAUUAUAUUUCUAUGAUAUGUUUAUAAAUACACUUUUGUAUAUGAAUAUGCUUCAAACCAGAGUGGCCAAAUUUUCUACUAAUUACAUUUUCGUUUCAGAAUCUUAUUGCAGACCGACAGUCACGUCAGCAUACCCUAAACUCAAUCAUACUGUGCACAGCCAAUCAGAUCUUUAGAAUGUUUGUAAUACAGAGUAACAAGACACUAAUUCUAUUCAACAGUUACUGAACUGUGCAUUCAACCAUGCAAGCACACCUAAACGAAUCCCUUGACAGCGCCUUGAUUCGAACGUAGUAAGGAUCGUACUUUCCUCUAAAGCAGCUGGAGAAAAACUUGCACUGUAAGGACAGAAUGAGGAACGUGUAAAUUCUGAGGAGCGCUGGGAUUAGAACAACACUGCCUGUAGCCAGCCCUCUCGAUCUAUACUGUUAACAGACCAGAUUAUGUUGGAAUAUAGAGCAUUAAUAAUAAUAAUAAUAAUAAUAAUAAUAAUAAUAAUAUUAAUAAUAAU